AUGCGUCAUACAACGUCUUGGGAUAUCCAGGAAAUACGCCAAGAUGAUGCGACACCUAAUGUAUCGUCGGAAGAACGGAAGAAAGCUUUCACUAAUUGUAUCGAAAGUUAUUUUACAGAAGAUUUAAGAUCGGCCAGUUCAGAUUUUUCUAAAUGCCUGAAUUGCUCCUCCCUAACUGAUGUUCUUAAUAAAUUAUGCUCCGUCACUUACGAAAACUAUAUGGAAUUCUUUCCGGUUUUCCUAAAAUGCUUGGAAGAAAUACAAACUAAUGAAGAAUAUAUUAAUCUUCAGGAAUUUCCCAAAGGAAAAACAGAAGAAUGUUUACAAAAUCCAAAAGCAAUAAAUUAUAAAAAGUAG